UAAACUCAUCGGCUCGAAUACUAUUGCACCUCUCCUGUGAUUCAAAAUCGCAAUCCUCCUCAUCAAUUCUUAAGGCGCCGCCUCGCAACACAUCUCAACAAAUGGUCAGACGCGUUCGCAAGGAACAGUCAUACUCACGACUGCAGCAGGCAACAUGAACAUCAUGGAAGCAUUACUGCAUCCCAUCGUCUCCAUCUUUGCGCCUCUACCAGCUCUGCAACAGCACUUGACGCCGACCGGUAGGGUUCCCGGAGCAGCGCUUCGAGUCCCACUAGGAAUAGCUCGCAGCAUAGCCAACUUUUUCGCUCUUCUCCUGGGCACCCACAUUCUCCUGACCAUUCAUCUGUACAGGAUCAUACCAAAAGCUACUUACGGGUCCGCAAACGCUCAAGGCGCGCAGUUGGAAGGCAAUGAAGAUCGCGAUGGGUUCACGUAUCCGACGCAUCGGAGGCUUACUGCCGCGAGACAGAGACUUGAAGGGCCUACUGCGACCUUGAGGAGAGCGGUUCGAGAAAGGGGACUGCAGAUGGUACAAGCGAUGCAAAGUCAUGGCGGGUUAGCUGCCGCGCUCGUCACUUAUCUGGAGCUCGCUCCCGAGACGCCGCAGGCCGUCUCGCCGAUAUUUGCUCGGCUGCCAAGCGAGAUCAUCACGCUGAUCUUGAUGUACGCGGCAUCUCCUCAAGCCUCGGCUUCGUUGCCAUCCACCAUCGCCCAAGUCUCUUCGAUUCAUGCCUCGCUUCUAACCCCUCGUCUCUAUCAGCACGUGCAUCUCCUCACCCCUCGUUCCGUGCACCUUCUCCGACGAACGCUAGCGCUACACCGUCCAGAUCUAGGUCGACAGAUCCGCAGCAUCCACGUCAAAGCGCCCCAUCCAGGCGCGCUUGAACAGAUCCUUUUGGCGAUUCCCAACCUGCGCGCACUCUCUCUCUCCGCUUCAGCCCACGACGCCUUCUGCCUGUCUUCGGGUUCAAGAAUAUUCGAUUGCGCCACCCCUUCGCUCUUGCAUCUCGAUUGCGUGCCUUCGCCUUUACCCGUCUUCAGGAAGGUGAAGCACGCCGUCUUGUCUGUUCGACACUUUGAUGUGAUGACAGCAAGGCAAGUUCGCACCGCCUUGCCUUCGCUUCGGACCAUCGAGAUCUGGUACGACCUAGGCACCAAUGACUUGGGUCCUCAUCCGUGGAGUAUGGGAGGAAGACCGCGCGCGGGUCUUUCCACUGUUGCAGAGGCUUUGCGUGUCCUUCGCUCCGAAGGCAAAAGGCUGGAAGGUGUGACGGUGUGGGCCAACGUUCGCAUCAAAGGAGCCCUCAAGCGUCGACUAGGGUCUGUAAAGGACGAGGAGCGCGGAAAUUACUACAGCAUUCUGAUGGAGCCCGCGUUGGAGAGGCAGUGGAUCUCUGUUGACGAAGAUGGAUCGGAGAGGCCUUCCUUGGUUGUUGCUAGGCCCUCCAUCGUGCGGACCGCCUCAGCGGCCGCAGCAGAUGACCUGCUAGUGGACAGGGAAGAUGAGCCUGCACCGCUGAGAAUCUUGAGGGCUGAUCGCCUCAGAGCUGUUGCAGGAGAGUGGAGCGAGAGCCAGCUUGCCAAUGCGUGGCAGCUUUGAAGUUCUUCUUCCAAUCUUGUGUUCUUUUCUUGUACUCAUAAGCGGCUGCGCCUCUCUAGUCGUGUACCAC